GGUGGUGGUGCUGGUCGUCGUCGACGUCCUUUCUCUCCGAACGUGCUCACCGCGAGCCUCUCCCCUGCUUGCCGCGCACCCACAAAAAAAAAACCCCAACGUGGUGUGGCCCCUUUGUGUCUGCAGUCGCUUUCGACCUCUCGCGUGUACGCAGCAGCGAUGUUUGUUUGAUGGUGGCAGAAUGUGCCAGCGAUUCGCAAACGCGCAAAACAAUCGCGCCCAACGCGGGGGAAGAAAAUCGAUUACGAGCAGCAGCAGCAGCAGCAGCAGUGUGUGUUUCAGUGAAGAAGGAAAAGCAGGAAAAGCACAAACAUACACAUGGCUGCCAAGUGUGAAUUGUGAAUGGUGAAAGUUUAAUCAAAAACGUAGCUUGCACACUAGCAAACAAACACCAACUAAUGCAACCAAGCGCCCCCCCUCAUCUUCCCUGUUAGUGUUAGAGCUGCCGCUUUCUUGCCUAUAAACCCCCUACGCCUAACAAACGCUCCCAACGCUCAGCGGGAUAGUGUGUUCUAAACGGCAGACGCAAACGCAACAGUAACGGGGUAGUAAGCAUAAAAUAGCAACAGCAGCAACAACAACAACGCGCCCCCAACAUCAUUGUGAUAGAGAAAUGCCUCCCACAAGAGAGUGAUUGCCGAUUUGUCGCUCGAGCUGCUUGCGUUUCCCUCCUGUGUUGUUCACGUGUGUGUGUGUGUGUGUGUGUGUGUGUGAGUGUUUGUCUGUGCGUGUUCUUGCUUUCCUAUAGUCGCCUUCUAACGUUCGUGCGCGAGUGUGUGUGUGUAUGUGCUGCCUUUUUUGCGUCCGCGAUUGUGUGGUGAUCGCGGAACAACAAACCAACAACAACAACAAAAAACCGCCCUCCGUGUGAAAGCAAUCCAACAAGACCAACAGCAGCUCUGGUUCGGUCUAGCCAAAAACGGAACAAAAGUAAAAAGUAAACAUACGAAUAACAAAACAAAAAAAAACAAAAAAGAAAGAUUAAUAAUACGUAUUUGUUUGGAGUUGUGCAGUAUUAGUACUAGUAUUUCCCCACCGUGAUACAGGUCCGCCUGUGUCCCAGCUGUGGUUAUCUAACAACCGUUUUUACUACAAACACGGACAAAAAAGCUCCCCCUCCAGCUUCCCUUGUGCUUGUCUCCUGCACCUCCCAUCCACCAACGCCCACCAACGAAAUCGAUCGAACUCGAGAUAUCUACGGUUUGUGUGUGUGUGUGUUCUAGAGCGCGCGCGUGUCUCCGUCUGUGUGUCAGUGUGUGCUCUAUUGUUUCUUCUCAUUCUUCUUCUCCUUCCGUGCCGUGUUCUUUUGAACCACCCCAACAAGCCCUCCAAAGCCGCCGUUUUUUUCUGUUGUUGUAUACGUGUCAACCCGCGCGUCAAAUCGCGUGGUCCAUCGCCGCCGACUGUCGAACGACGAACGACCAUCCCACCCAUCCACUUGUCCACACACGCGAACGUACGCGCCCGGAUAAACGAUCACCCGGAGCGAAACCAAACAAAACCAAAACAAAACAAAAAAAAAAGUGCGCGAAACAAUCGAUAUCGAGCGCGGGGCCGAGCGUGAGAUGAGUGCUCAAGGAGCGGGCCCGUUCUUAGCAGUGCCCAUCAAACCACCCACCGUCCUCCGACUGCUGGGCUGUUAAAAAGUGUGCACCACAGCAAUACUGCCCCUGCCCAGCUGGCAGUUGAGGCAGUGGGAGAGGCUGAGCCCCCACCCCUUUCCCGCCAGAGCCGCUUGAGUGAUUGAUCAUGAUCUUGACGGUGAUGAGACCGCAUUUGUCGAUGCAGUGUAGAACGGGGUGAAAAGCGGACUCUAACCCCCUCCACCCAAAUCAGACCAGUGCUCUAUUGUGCCUCGCAACCUAUCUUCAACCUGGUGUGUGGGUGUGUGUGUGCGUUUUUUUUUGCUGCCAUCAGGACAUCGGGAAACCCCGGUCGUAAUCGAGGGACUGAGGCGCACGUCGAACACACGUUAAGGCAACGGAAUCGACCGUGACACCGAAAAGGAGGCACAAUAUUACGAGAAAGCAAUAAGAAGAGAGAGAGAGAGAGGAGAAAGGAGAGAGGAGAAAGAAACACACGCGAGGACAAGAAAUCAGAUCAAAAGCUCAUCGAGAUGGAAGGAUGUACUUGUGAGGAUACGGCACGAGUACGGAUUUAUUAAGGAGCCACAGAGUUGCAGAGCCCAAACACAACGGAUUCGGACGCGCUGGAUGUGUUGAAAGAUGCCUUUAGAAAAUUGUAAGCGUAGGGUACACAGUACUGGCGAUUACUGCAGCAAUCACAUUUUAAGCAGGAUUACACGCAUUCUAUCCCCGUCAGCCGUUCAUCUAGUGUAGAUGUGUGAAGAUGCCUUUUAAAAACUUUCAACGACGGGUUAGUGGUCCUGGCGCAUACUGUAACAAUUACAUACAGAGCAGGCAAGAAAACGCGGAGUUUCUGCAACUCAGCCAAACCCAGCUGCACCAGUCAUCGGUGAACAUCGGGUUCAGUAACAUUG